AUGAUCGCCAUUGGAAGACUCAUGGGAAUAAUGCAACAGGAAGAGGUGCCACUGGGGUGGAACAAGCUAUUCAUUUACAUAACAAGUGCAGAAAAUGGGAAAACAAUCAGCAAAUUGGGGAAAGCAUCAGUGCAAAAUGGAGUGUGUCAUUGGGAAGACUCUAUUUUCCACUCCAUUUGGAUUUCUCAACACACUAAUAAUCAUCUCAUUAAGCUUGUUGUCGCCAUGGGAUCAGUGAGGUUUGGAACCCUUGGAGAGGCCACCAUUGAUUUGGCAAGUUACAUCAAAUCAGAAACUUCCACUCUAUCAUUGCCUUUGAAACAUUGUUACCACGACACAAUCUUACAAGUUCAGAUUCAGUGUUUGUCACCAGCAAGAAAUAUCAGAGAAGAGCAUUUGGACGACGAAAAUUCAUAUGUGGAGGAAAUGAAUGUUGACUAUGAUGAUCUAGACGAUAAAUCAGAUGCAUCUGAUAGUACCGCAUUCAACAAUAAUGUUAGACCGUCACAUUGUAACCAAUUGCACAACACAAGUCAUCCUGCAGAACUUUGCAGUAAUGAAACAAGUCUACUUGCAUCAGGUUCUUCUUCAUCAGGAAACCAACAAGAAAAUCACUCUAAUAAUGGCAACUACUCAGCAUCAGGAGCCAUCAAUUCAGACAUGAAACUUCAAGAACAAAUCAACGACUUUGGGCAGCAAGUUUCACACCGCCAGCAUGCAACAUUGGCGAAAAGUCUUGGAUCAUCUACAGAUCUUUUGGAUGCUGCUGAGGUCACAAUCAAUUUACUUAAUGCAGAAGCCAAAAUGUGGGAGACAAAUGCUAGGAAGUUGUUAAAUGAUGUGGAAAGAUUGCAGAAAGACUUGUGCAGCAAUUCAGACAAGGAGAAAGAGCUUGAAAUGGAGUUAUCAGCAUUGCAGAAAGGAUGUUAUGGGUUGAAGGAGGAAAUUGAAGAACUAAAAACUAUGGUGGAGGAAUCAUCAAUGGCAAAACAGAAUGACAGUGAAAACUUGAAGUUUCAGGCUGAAGAGAUGGGGAAAAUCAUAAAGGAGUUGAAAGAUGAGAUAGAGUAUCAUAAAGGACUAAACAACGACUUUGAAUUGCAGCUCAAGAAAGCACUAAAGUCCAACAUUGAUCUUGUCUCUAUUCUUCAGGAGCUAGAAAAGACAAUAGAAAAGCAAAAAAUGGAGAUUAUUGAUCUGUCAAUGACUAAGUUUCAAUUUCAAGAUGGAACAGAUUAUAGCCAUGGGCAUGAUGACAGUGAGGAAUAUGACUUUCAUUUGAAGAAGCCAGUUUUACCAGGAAAAAUGAGGAUGGAUUCUUCUGAUUCAGAUCUUGAUAUGUCUAGUUCUAAAUUUCCAAUAAAGUGCCUCUAUGAAGGUAUUGAACUAAAAGAAUUCUGGAGUUUAGAGCUGCAAGAGAAAAUAAAGAACAUGGAAAGUACCGUCAGAUUUCUGGAGAAAAGUCUAGCAGAAAAAGAUGAAGAGAUGCUUAAGGAAAGAGGUUUGAUGUCCAAAAUUUUAGAGGAAAAUGAAGCGAAAUGGAAGCAUAAGCUAUUUGAGAAAGAACAAGAGAUUAUCACCAUUGAAAAGAAGCUAUAUGAAGGUAUUGAUGCUUUUGAACAAGAAAUCAGAACUUUAAAACAGAUCAUGCAAGAGCUUGAAGCAAGAACUUGCAAGAAUCCUAGUGAACUAUGCAAGGUUGAAGAAGAGAUGAGCAUGAAUAUCCUUGUAAAAGAAGUUUCUGAUGUUUACCUGCUUACACAGUCCGAAGAUGUUGGAAACAUGCAUUGUUUGGAGCUAGACUUUCAGCUUGAAAGCUGGAAGGAAUUUUGCUCAUAUCUUGAAGAUGAACUCAGCAGAACAAGAGCCCAUUUGAAAAUGAAGGAACUUGCCAAUGCUGCCUUAGAAGAAAAGUUACAACGUUGUACAAAUUUCUUGACAGCUGAAGUACCUAGUGAAGGUGACAUGUACAAUGCCCCAGUUCCUGAGAUUGUUGUUGGAGAGGAAAACUUAGUGUGGUUCUCCUUAGAAGCUUAAAGCAAAAGAGGGACUGAUUGACAAGGAAGAUUACAAGUUGUGCUUAAAGCUAUUGGGAUUUCAUGUCUCAUUAUUUAUUUUCUACUAACCAACUUUUCAGGUGAUAGCAAUGAAGAAACAAAAGGAAAGAAGACAAUUUGAAAGUUGUUUUGAUGUGAAAAAGUGGUUUAACUUGUCUUAGUUUAUGUAUUUAUUUGAUGUAAUGUGAUUCAUCAAGUA